UCAGAACGUUUUUUUUCCAGCCUGUGGCAUCACAUGACAGCUGUAUUUUCUUUACAGCACUGCAUCAUGAACUAGCAACUGGAUUUCAAUACAUUGGCUGUUUUGGACGCACAGCAUGGUUGACUCAGCAAAAAACACAAGGAGGAAGCAAGGAAAAGAAAGAACGAGAUAGAGCAAAGUAUAAGACAAAAGUCUACAUCAGACUUUUACUGGCUGGGAAGAGCUCAGAGAAGACAGGUACUGAAUUAGCCUUUGCUAGAGGGCGCCACAGUGAGAAAAUCUGCCAAAAUCCAUUAGUGUUGGUUUUAGUUAACUCUGAACUACCAAAAAUAGGAAUAACAGUGUCUAAAUUACAUCACUUUUGCAUGAAACCAAUAAAUGAUCAGCAUAUUAUUUUUGGUGCCCAUGAGCAGAAUUCUUUUCCCAACAUAAGAUGUAAAGUGCCGAGGCAGCCUACAACAAAACAUGAGAGCAGUGGCUAUAAGAAAAAGCCCUCUUUCUUUUGCUUGGACUGUUGUGACUUGAGUUUGCUCGGGAAGAGGCGUUUGUUUUUGAAGGACAGGAAAGAGUUAACAAUUAGAGGUCACAAAAUAAUGGAGAGGCGAGUGGGUGGUCCCUGGUAAUGGCUGUUUAUCACGUAUGAGAAAGGAAAGUUCAGGAAAAGGGUUGGCAUGUGGAUCAGGAAAACACAGAGAAGCCUGAGCAGAGGCACAGCAGGACUAGCUGGUGCUGUUUCAGAUAUGGGUGGAGGGAGCAAGGUGGUGAGAUCAUGUUGAGAACAGGGGUUGGGGGGAAUAAAGCGUGUGAUUAGCAUGUGGUAUGUGUAUCUGUGACACCAGGGAGAUCCAUGUGUUCAUGGGCAGCGGUCCAAAUUGUGCAGAGAGGAAGUGGGGUAUGGUGAGGAACUGGGAGUACACACCCAGGAAACAUGACAGAACUGGCAGCUGUGAGAAAAGCUUUAUAGUGGUCAAUAGAAGUAAGAUGGAAAUGUGAUGUAUUAUGAAAGCCAGAGAAAGAAAGGGUGGGGCCCCACAAGCAGUGACUAAGAUGCAAAUCAUUAAUAGCAACAUGAUGCAUGAGAAUUUCCACAAUCCUGGCACAGCUCAGGCUGCAGACAUAUGUAAACAAACGCCUUGACCCAUUAGUAAUCCAAACACCCUGUAAAAAUGAACCUGGAAAAGGAGAAAAUGUUUUAAAGCUUACAUUCCAGUCCGACGCCAACUUAUCACUUAAGCCACAGAUAUGUGGAGUGAGUUACUGUUCAUGAAAGGGAAGUGCGGAGGAGGGCCGUGUAGCAAUCAGCUUGGGAAUAAUGGAAGAGGGAGAAAGGGGCCAAGAAGUGAUAACAGUCUGAAGCAGCAAGGACAGGUCCCUGCUGUCACAGGCUGCAGCGUGAUGAUCAGCAGCUGCUGAGAGAAGAGCUCACUUCCUGUGCUCUCAAAUGGGUUCCUCAAAAGAUGGCGCCAAAGCCAACAUACUGAAGGAUUCUCCAUCCAAGCCAUCUGUGGCUGAGUUGGCUGGAAGGUUCAAGGGUCAUAUUCUGCCAAUGCCCAACUCCAGUGAUGAGUUGCCAUUUAGAAGAAGACCUCCAUGUUCCCUGAAGUUGCAAAAUGAUAAUGAAGAGUCAGAUAAAAACGUUUCGCCCAGUUCCUUUAAAAUAAAGAAGAACUCUGCCAUCAUUGAAAAACUGCAGGCCAACCUUGCUUUGUCACCCACUGCUUUGCUGCCUUCACCCAAGAGUCCUGAUGUAAAGCUGCAGCCUGCAUCACUGUCCCCAACAAUGCCCUGCAGCCCCCUAAGUCCCACCGUGAGACUGCCACAUCUGUCCAGCGAAGAUGAGGAUCCCAUCAGCUUCGACAGCCCUCCUGAAGGCACUCCACUGCCAAGCUUCAACAAGACACGAGCACGAUUAUCAUUCAAGAGGCGUCCGCCCACAAGACAGCACCGGAGGUCAGCUGGAGAGGAGGCGGGAGCCGCUGGGAGUGGUCUGUCUCCGUGUGAACUGCAUGCCCCAAAUGAAAAUGGGGACAAGGAACAGGUUUAUGACAACCUGACUGAGGAAGCUGAAUUUAAGCAGCUUGAUAGUCUGACAGAAGUUAAAAAUAAGGAUGAGGACUGUGAAAAGAUAGAUGCUGAUGCAGCACAGAAUGACCCAGACGUCAGGGAAAAACCACAGCAGGAAGUGGAACAAGACAAGUGUGCAGAACCUCUUGAGGAAGAGGAGGAGGAACCGAAGCCUUUCAAGUCUGCCGAGCAGAUGGAGGAUGAUGUUAAGACUGAAGAGGGUCAAACACCCCAGGAAUCACAACAUGAUGGGUGUGAACUGUGACUGUUUAUAAUAAGGAAAAAAACAAAUAUAAGUUAUUCUGUGCUUUUUAUUAAGAAAACUCCUUUUGAAGAGUUAAUCAGUUUAAAAUGUUCUGGUUCAUGCUCUUUUAAUUUCCUCUGUCACCCUCUCCUGGCUUUUUAUAGAACCAUAAGUGCUGGAGAGUCAGGAGAGGUAGCUGUUAUUGUAUACAUGGAAAUAAGUAUGACAGUAACCAUGACUACAGGAAGUUUCCUUCUUUCAUGUCGCACCAAGUCUUCAAGACUCUUGUUUUUAUAACAUUUUUUUUUAUAAACAAGUCAAAGACUUUGA